AGAUGCACAGCGGAGCUCGUCAACUCUCGUCUCCUCCAAAAAUCUCAUCAGCCGACACCCAUAGACAAGGGAGAUGGGGCAGAGGGAGAUCUCAUCUUCACACAGUUUUGGGGUGGAUUUUAUUUUUACAGACCUUCCUAUAUGUUUUUUGCCUUGAUCCAUCCGCUUCCCGCCGAGAUCGGACGGAGCCUUUCUCCCGGUUAUGAAUUUGAUCAACGUACAUUUGGAGGGAAUCCUACACAGUUCUGACAGGAGCUUAAAAUUGAGUCGUCAGAGAAAUAUUAGGACAUAUUUUCAAUCAUUUUGGUGCCGAAGGGGAGGCAAGAACUCAGUUUUAUAUUGAGACAUUACGCCGGCUGAAGACAGAGAAUGUUUUUCCCUGCCAGGACCUGAUGCAAUCCAUUCAAGCCAACAAGUUUGGAGAGAAUGUUGAGUUCAAUCAAUUCAGAACGUCGAGAUGGAGCCCAACUCACUCCAGUGGGUCGGCUCACCGUGUGGCUUGCACGGACCUUACAUUUUCUACAAGGCUUUUCAAUUCCACCUUGAAGGCAAACCAAGAAUUUUGUCCCUUGGCGACUUUUUCUUUGUAAGAUGUACGCCAAAGGAUCCGAUUUGCAUAGCGGAGCUCCAGCUGUUGUGGGAAGAGAGGACCAGCCGGCAACUUUUAUCCAGCUCUAAACUUUAUUUCCUCCCAGAAGAUACUCCCCAGGGCAGAAAUAGCGACCAUGGCGAGGAUGAAGUCAUUGCUGUUUCUGAAAAAGUGAUUGUGAAGCUUGAAGACCUGGUCAAGUGGGUACAUUCUGAUUUCUCCAAGUGGAGAUGUGGCCUCCACGCUGGGUCCCUGAAAACAGAGGCCUUGGGAAGGAACGGACAGAAGGAAGCUCUGCUGAAGUACAGGCAGUCAACCCUCAACAGUGGACUCAACUUCAAAGACGUCCUCAAGGAAAAGGCUGACCUUGGAGAGGACGAGGAAGAAACGAACGUGAUCGUGCUCAGCUACCCCCAGUACUGCCGCUACCGCUCGAUGCUGAAACGCAUCCAAGAUAAGCCGUCUUCUAUUCUAACGGACCAGUUCGCGUUAGCCCUGGGAGGCAUCGCAGUGGUCAGCAAGAACCCCCAGAUCCUCUACUGUCGGGACACCUUUGACCACCCUACUCUCAUAGAAAAUGAGAGUAUAUGUGAUGAGUUUGCGCCGAAUCUUAAAGGCAGACCACGCAAAAAGAAAUCAUGCCCACAGAGAAGAGAUUCAUUCAGUGCUGUGAAAGAUCCCAACAACAAUUCGGAUGGCAAAGCCAUUGUCAAGGUGAAAUGCGAGGCCAGGUCUGCCUUGACCAAGCCGAAGAAUAACCAUAAUAACUGUAAAAAAGUCUCCAAUGAAGAAAAACCAAAGGUUGCCAUUGGUGAAGAGUGCAGGGCAGACGAGCAGGCCUUCCUGGUGGCACUUUAUAAAUACAUGAAAGAAAGGAAGACGCCAAUAGAACGAAUACCCUAUUUAGGUUUUAAACAGAUUAACCUUUGGACUAUGUUUCAAGCUGCUCAAAAACUGGGAGGAUAUGAAACAAUAACAGCCCGCCGUCAAUGGAAACACAUUUAUGACGAAUUAGGCGGUAAUCCUGGGAGCACCAGCGCCGCCACGUGCACCCGCAGACAUUAUGAAAGGUUAAUCCUGCCAUAUGAAAGGUUUAUUAAAGGAGAGGAAGACAAGCCCCUGCCUCCAAUCAAACCUCGGAAACAGGAGAACAGUUCACAGGAAAACGAGAAUAAAGCAAAAGUAUCAGGAACCAAACGCAUCAAACAUGAAAUCCCCAAGAGCAAGAAAGAAAAAGAGAAUGCCCCGAAGCCCCAGGAUGCCUCAGAGGUUUCUUCAGAGCAAGAGAAGGAGCAAGAGCCUUUAAACCAGAAGAGCAUCCCCGAGCCUCUCCCCGCAGCAGACUCGAAGAAGAAAAUGGAAGGGUACCAGGAUUUUGCCGCCAGGCCCCUGGUGUCUACAGCAGACCCAGAAAAGGAGAACAAAGCAGAUCCAAGUGCCAACAGCGAGAAGAUGGCAGAGGAGGCGGGAGAGAAGGGGCCCUCUCCUCCACUCCCGAGUGCCUCUUCCGCCCCCGACAGGGACCCAGGGGCUGGCAAACAGCCUCUCACCUCUCCCAGCGCUCUGGUCGACUCAAAACCGGAACCCAAGCCCUGCUGUUUUACAGAGAGCCCUGAAAACGAACCCCAAGACACAGCCUUCCCUGGCUUUCCCGCCACGCAGCCACCGCUGGCAAACCAGAGCGAGAUGGACGAUGACAAAGUGCCCGCCAUGGCAGACUACAUCGCCAACUGCACCGUGAAGGUGGACCAGCUGGGCAGCGACGACAUCCACAACGCGCUGAAGCAGACCCCGAAGGUCCUAGUGGUCCAGUCGUUCGACAUGUUCAAGGACAAAGACCUGACUGGGCCCAUGAAUGAGAACCACGGACUCAAUUACACCCCCCUGCUCUACUCCAGGGGCAACCCAGGCAUCAUGUCCCCGCUGGCCAAGAAAAAGCUCUUGUCCCAAGUGAGUGGGGCCAGCCUCUCCAGCAGCUACCCCUACGGCUCCCCACCCCCUUUGAUCAGCAAAAAGAAACUGAUCGCCAGGGACGACCUGUGCUCGGGUCUGGCCCAGGCCCACCACGGCCAAAGCACUGACCACACGGCGGUCAGCCGGCCCUCGGUGAUUCAGCACGUGCAGAGCUUCAGGAGCAAGCCCUCCGAGGACAGAAAGAGCAUCAGUGACAUCUUUAAACAUGACAAGCUGAGUCGAUCGGAUCCCCACCGCUGCAGCUUCUCCAAGCAUCACCUCAGCCCCCUUGCCGACUCCUAUGUCCUGAAGCAAGAGAUCCAGGAGGGCAAGGAAAAACUAUUGGAGAAGAGGGCGCUCCCCCACUCCCACAUGCCCAGCUUCCUGGCCGACUUCUACUCCUCCCCGCAUCUCCACAGCCUCUACAGACACACCGAGCAUCAUCUUCACAACGAACAGUCAUCCAAGUACCCGUGCAGGGACAUGUACAGGGAAUCGGAAAACAGUUCCUUUUCUUCCCACAAACACCAAGAAAAGCUCCAUGGAAACUAUCUCUCGUCGCUGCACCUGCAAGACAAAAAGUCAGCUGCAGCCGAAGCCACCACGGAUGACCAGCCGACAGACCUGAGCCUUCCCAAGAACCCGCACAAACCCACCGGCAAGGUCCUGGGCCUGGCCCACGCGGCCCCGGGGCCCCAGGAGAGCAAAGGCGUCUCCCAGUUCCAGGUCAUAAACAGCCACAGUCGAGACUGUCACCCCAAGGCCUGCCGGGUGUCCCCCAUGACCAUGUCGGCUCCUAAAAAAUACCCCGAGGCGCUCUCAAGAUCGGCAAAACCCCACCAUGUGAGACUGGAGAAUUUCAGGAAGAUGGAAGGCAUGGUCCACCCCAUCCUGCACCGGAAAAUGAGCCCCCAGAACAUUGGUGCCGCACGCCCCAUAAAGCGCAGCCUGGAGGACUUGGACCUGGUGAUCGCUGGGAAAAAGGCCCGGGCGGUGUCUCCCCUGGACCCAUCCAAGGAGGUCUCUGGGAAGGAGAAGGCCUGUGAGCAGGAGAGCGAGGGCAGCAAGGCGGCCCACGGUGGGCGUUCCGGGGGCGCGUCGGAAGGCCACAAGCUGCCCCUCUCCUCCCCUAUCUUCCCAGGUUUGUAUUCUGGGAGCCUGUGUAACUCGGGCCUCAACUCCCGGCUCCCAGCAGGGUAUUCUCACUCUCUGCAGUACUUGAAAAACCAGACUGUGCUUUCCCCACUCAUGCAGCCCCUGGCUUUCCACUCGCUUGUGAUGCAAAGAGGAAUUUUCACGUCGCCGACCAGUUCUCAGCAGCUGUACAGACACUUGGCUGCGGCCACACCUGUAGGAAGUUCGUACGGGGACCUUUUGCACAACAGCAUUUACCCUUUAGCUGCUAUAAACCCUCAAGCUGCCUUUCCAUCUUCUCAGCUGUCAUCCGUACACCCCAGUACAAAACUGUAAGCCCGGCUCUACCCAGCAUCCCACACGGCGUUGGCUAAGAGAUCUUUACUCCUUCCCCCUGGGGUGAUGGCUUGUAGAAUUAGAAGUCCGUAUUUCUUCUAAUCUGGGGGUAAGAUCAGUUCCAGCCGAAGCGGCCGAGCGGGGAGGUGAACAGACCUGAUUUUUCUGGGACGACACCAGCCUUGGCUGGUCAGUCUUGAGUCCCUUGCAACACAGAUGCCCUCGCACCCCAGAUGGUUCACUUCGCACGGGGCUCGCGUGGAGGGGGUUAUGCGCACCCAGGAAGAACUUAGAGGGCCCCGUCUGAGUUCCCAUGGCCAGGAAACAAUCUGGGCAAAAAAGGGGCAGGCAUUUCAAAGAAAGGGGCAAGGAAGACUGGCAGACAUGCCAAGCGAGGCCCCUGUUUUCAUAAAACUCCAAGGUUCAAUCAAUGCAAUGUAUAGUGAAACUUCAAUAGAUCUUUCCUUUUGACACUAUUGAACAAUCCAGAGAAGUAAACACUGUUAAAUUGACUGUAUAUAUUUGCUUCUUAAAACUACCCGUAUCACUGUUUGCUCACCUAAUUUAUAUACAGGUAGUUCCAUUUUCUCCCAGUUCCUUCUUGUCUUUUUUUUUUUUAAUUAAACAGUAUCGCUUUUGUUUGCAGGUCUUUUGUUUUUGUUUUGUUUUGUUUUGUUUAAGACUGACUGACUAUCCUAGUUUUGGAGGGGUGUUUUUAAUUCCCCCCCCCCCCCCCCCCCCGCUCCCCACAUCUUAUCAUUUUGAGCAGCUUUGGGUGGUAAAGUUAAUUGUUUACAAAUUGAAGCAACUGAUUCUAGUGGAACAAAUGAGAAAGAAACAGAUGAGCACACCAUAGUGCAAAGAACGUUCCUUUGCAGAUCCGCAACUUACGGACUUUGUUCCUCAUUAAUGGCAUAGUUGAAAGAGCUUAUACACUGCUUACCCGACCAAAUGCUUUGCUUUGAAGUAUGGGGUUAUGUGAACAUAUCGAGCCUUGUACUUACCUUAUCUAGGCUGUGAAACUGUCCUACAUACCAGAGGAAUCAUAAAAACAAAAACCUCACUGGCAGCAAGCUGCUGAAUAACAGCAGAGUCUAGAGGACAUACUUGUGGGCUGCGCAGAUAUUUUAGGAAUUUCAGAAAUUAGAACAGGAGCCAAAAUGAUUUACAUUGGUGUUGGCCCUGGUCCCUUUAAGCAGUCCGGGAAAGGGGGUUGGGAAGAGGAUGGAACUUGACUCUCCAAAGAAAAUGAGCAGCUGGAGGCCUAGGCCCCAGGUACCUACCUUCCCUGGGCCGUGGUCUUUGGAGUAAUAGGUAAUCGAGUUGCCUUCAUCAUAUUGGUUUCUUGAUGUUCCCAAGAAGACCCUUCCAGGCCACAUCUGUGGGGAUAAUUGGCAUACUGGAUUACCCACGUCAAAAGAAAGUCAUCUUUGGGUUUCUUGGGCGUGAGUUUUAUGUAUAAACAAGCACUCACUUGCGGUGGUUGGUGUCCUGUUUGUAACCACCUGGCAAUAUAGCCCGCUCUACCGUUUAUAUCAGUGUUGGAAAGAAGCGGCCAAGCUGUUCAAGCAGUCAAAAGAUGUGGAGAAUGUAUCUUGUCAUUCUUGCCACGUUAUUCCACUUGCUGUCAAGAUGUAACAUCAAGGUGGAUGCAUUUCCUAAGUGUGUUAAAGGCCGAUGACCCAGAGCCUGAUUUUCUUCUCAAGUCCCAUCCCUGCUGAUAGGAAUGCUUUGAUGAACUCCCCGGCCAACCCUCCCCUCCCCCAACACUACUAGUAGACAUUAGAACCAUAGUUAACCAAGUCUUUUACCUCUGAGAUAUUUAAUUCUAUGAAAAUUGAUGACAAUUUUCAACCUCUAGGUAACUCGACUGCAAAAAUAAUCAAAACUGGUAAACAAUGAAACUGCGGCUCUUAACCGAAGCCAUGCAUGCCGUGCAUUUGUAUUGAAAUGUCUCCAUGAUACGAAGCCAAAUAUUCAGUGUAACAUACUUACUAUCCAAAGGUGGAAACAAAAGAAUGUAGAGAUCUAGUGUUAAGAGUUCCAUUUGCUUCAAUUAAUUAUUUACCUUCCUGUGGAAUAAUAUAUAUAUAUAUUUAAUAGAACCAUAGAUAGACUAGUAGAAUUUAGAUUAUAAAUGUGUGAGUGCAGAUUAUCCUGCUAUUGCACAAGAUAGAGGGGGGGAAGAAUCUCAAUUCCAGCUGGCAAAGCGCUAGCCAGGACCGAUCUAAGAAAGUUGCACUAGAUUGGAUGGUCACAGAAUCAGAGGACAUGGAAGACAGAGCAAACUCCAGUGUUUCUGCAACCGACCUGGGCUAGAUCAGACGUGGUUUCUAUGAGUUUGUUUCUCAAAGAAAAUGGGGAGCCGUCUGUCCCUGGUGGAGCUCACCUAUCCAUUUGGAAUAUGGGGCAUUUGUUUUCCCCACUGGGAUGAUUUCAGUCUGGUUUCAUCAUGUUGGAAUUUGAUCACACCAUUUUCAAACAAUGUUAACAUAGUCCAGCUUUUGUUUUUCUCAUCUCUUCCAAGAGGAGACUCACUGUUUCUGUCUGAGGAAGCUCAUACCCUCGGCAAAACAUCAGGACAAAUACAGAGAAAUGGGGGCACACAUUCCCAACAGAAGCAGUGUGUUAUUUGUUUUAAAACUCCGAACAGAGAUCUUGGAAAUCUUUCAAAAAGACCAUUGAAUUCUUCAUUGGCUGAGAACUACAUUUUAAAAAGUCUUAAAUGGGGCUUUGUUUGCAUUGUUUGAGUUCAAGGGGCCUUAUUAUUGAAUGGAAUUGCACAAGCCUUUCUUUGUGCAAUCAAACCAUUGUUAUUGGUAGUUCUGUAAAGGAAACUGUGGAAUCUAAUUGGCAGUGGAGUCAUAAAUCUAUUUACUGAGUGUGGCUUCCAAGAAAUGUUGCAAUUCAAAAUGCACUAACUCCCUGAUUUACUGGAGAUUUGAAGAUUCUAAAUAAUGUUGUUUUUUUAAAGCCUUUCCAUGCAACUUUUGGCAACUCAACAUAAAAAAAAAAGAAAAAAUAACCCAACAGAGUUUCAGAAUUAAGUAUUCUCCUACUAAGUGAUUGGAACUUGUAAUAUUUGCCACAGGACUGACUUAUUUAUUUUCUAGCUAGAAGCUCUUAAGUUCACUUGUUUAUCAGGGCAUAUACAGAAGGGUUUGUGAAAACUCAAUGUUGACUUUACAACUUUCUGACCUGGUGCAUGAAUUCUCAAGUACUGUAUUUCACUGUGUUGGUGUGUCUGAUGGAAAUUUCGAGGUGAUCCCACAAAAAUAUUUUAUGUAGUGUGCCUUCAAAGAGAACCAUUUAUUUCUCUUCACUCGUGUCCCACAAAGUCACAUUUGGUGGUGGUCAGCCAAGUCCCAUCUGGUCCAGUUUUACUCUGUUCCCAAUUUUAAAGAGAGAUGGGAACAGGUUUGCCCUCGUGAGACCCACACCAUUGCAAUGAUUAUCUUGAGCACUUAAAUUCCAGUGUUGGCUGUUGAUGUGUUUGAUAUUCUGCUUGUCUCCCCAUGGUUGAAAUAUGUCUGAAGAAUAGCAGCAUAAUCUCUAUUGGCUGUUUAUACUUUUUUAAAUUUUCCUGUGUUGUAAAUAUUGUAUACUUUUGGUGAUCCCAGCUAUGUAACCUCUGCUCUGUAAGGUGAUUAUUUGUAUAUAGCAACAUGGCCCAGUGAUAUUAUAUAGUUUCCCAAUGGAGAGGUUAUUGAGUAACCUUUGCAUUAGUUUAAACACUACCAGAAGAAUGCUGAGCCAACUAUAAACACUCAAUUUUGUAUGUUUUCCAAAUUGUACUUAUUACUGCUUUUGAUACUGUAUUACGUGCCAAUAGUUUCCCAAUCACAUAGCAGGCAAGAGAUAUUUUGUACUUUUUGAUCCACUGUAAUAUUUAAUAAAAAAUGUUACUAUCUGUUUC